AUGGCUCCAAAGACGCACGCGAAACCGGCGGAGACUGACGCGCAGCAGCUGAAGACGAAGCUGGAGACCGAGCCGCUGAGCAAGAGCCUCACCGGCACCGUCAUUCCCGAUGAAACCUCCUUCAACAUCGAGGCGGAGAUUAAGGCCCUGGGCGGGCUGGAGGUGCUGGUUCCGGGGAAGCUGGAGCCAACCCUGAUUCGUCAGCAUCUGGACGAGUCGCUUCUCAAGGCCUUCAACUGCGCGUCCAAUGUACACCUGUCAACGUCGUACGCCUAUCAGGCGCUCGCCCUGUACUGCGGGAAGGACUCGGUGGCUCUCAGAGGGUUCGGCAAGUUUUUCUGGAAACGCGCUCUGGAGGAGCAGAUGACGUUCAAGGACAUUGCAGCUUUCGUGUAUUCACAUUUUGUUAUCUCACUGGUUGUUGGAACUUAUUCCUUCGCUGCUCUCCCAUUCCUCGUGCAGGCAGCUGAGAUGUCUGGGGAUGCUGGAGCGCAGAACUUCAUUGAAAAUCGCCUGCUCAAGCCGGAGGUGCUGGCGCUGCAGCGCUGUGCGCGCUAUGUGACUCAGAUCAGGCGCGUGGGCAAGGGAACAGGCGAGUAUCAGCUGGAUCAUCACAUGCUCAUGGGCGUUGAUAUUGGAGAAAUGACUGUGGGACAGCCACCCACCAAGCGUGCCCGUACAGCAGCUGAUGGCAUUUUGGGCUUGCUCUCAUCCGAGGAUUGA